CUCAAACUACAUUGUACAGUACGUUGUAAUCACAUGAUACAUAACUCACACGACAACAAAUUCAAGCCGAGACAGAAUGCAGUGAGCGCAAGAUGCACAACGGAAGGCCGAAAGUCUCGACCGAGCGGGAUCAACCCUCCCUUACUUGCAAAAGACUUCCACUCCCGAAGGCACGGAAGGAAAAGAAUGAGUCCCACCACUGGCACUGCAACGAUCGAUGCAAGGAUGCUGACCCCACAUGCGACAUCGUGGGGCUGUUUUUUUGCCUGCUUUUCGAACGGUACUUGUGCUGUGUACUGGGGUAUUCGGUCAUGUUCUAGCCACAUUGUACAUGCAAUAUGGCAAACGGCUGCUCACCGCACACGAACAACCAUCCGGGCGAUGAGCCUCAAGUUGGACCAUAUCAUUUAAUGCAUUUUUGAAAGGUGGUGUAGCGGACAGACAUGUCGGCUUACCGUGUGGGUUAACAUCCGAGUCCCUUACAAUACACCUUUGAACCAGCUACUACAAGUUGUCACUACUUCACAAUAUGAAUGGGUGCUGGUGAUGGAUACCCUGGUCUCCGUCUCCGUCUCCGGGAAAAAGCGAAGGCCAGCCCACCCCGACAGCUUGUGGGGUAAUCGAACCAGAACUCGAUUGAACUGCUCGUUUGACUGACGGGUCCGUCUACCGAUCGACCAUCACUUUCCUCCCGCAAACAGAGUAAACAUACAGCUAUUUAGCUGGUUGCCACAACUCGACUGAAGCUGAAGCUGAAUUGUCUGCCAUAAUCACCACUAUCACCUUUGUUCUGCCCGCCAUAUACCCGCCGCCUGACUAAUUGUUAACGGAAUUAUCAUCGCGCACUGUUUGUAAGCCUCGUAUCCGUCGAGAGUCCUGUCAUCACCAAUAUAUUAUAAGACACCGAACUUGACCGGACAAACAAGAAACAAGUUCAUACGACCCCAUCUACAUUAUCUCUCACAGUCAAACAAGCGACAAAAGGAAAAAGACACGAGAUAUCUACGCCAACUGUGUCUCCGACAUAUCAUACCAUCGCCUCCAAUCAACCAAAGUUACCCACAGUAACUGGCGUAUCAUACGCACAUUGUUACAAGAACAAAAUGAAUUCCCUCGCCGAUCUCAAGCACAACCUCACCGAGGAGAAGAUCCACAAUGAACAACAGAUUGAAAAGCCGUCCAACGGCACAGUGACCCGAGAACCAUCACCCAACCGUGGCGCCUCAGUCCCCGACGUCGAAGCCAUUGGUCCCAACUCGGUGUCCAAGCGUGAAUGGCAGAAGCAGCACGGCAUCGACCCUUCGAAACAGGUCAAGAUUGUCAAGCUCAGCCAUAUGCGUUACCAGCAUCCUGAUCUGAAUAAGAUCACGACGUUUUUGAGAGACUUUGGCAUGCACGUGGCCAAAAAAUCCGACACUGAACGCUGGUACCGCGGCUACGGCCCCGACCAAUACGUCUACUACGCCCGCCAAGGCCCAAAGGAAUUUCUAGGAGGCGCAUUCGAAGUCGAAUCGCGCGAAGAACUCGAAAAGGUUAUCAAAGUGCCCGGCGCCAAGGUUGUCACCAACGGCAUCGAGGAGAUGAAAGAUGCCCCUGGUGGCGGGUACAUUGUCACCAUUGCCGACCCGGAGGGAUUCCCCGUGAAUUUCAUCUGGGGUCAAGAACCGGUCAAAGAAGAACGCAAGAAGCCGAGCAAAUUGAUUGUCAAUGACGAGAGUGACAAGCCGAGACAGAAGCUUUUCCAGAGGUUUCAACCUGGUCCGGCGGAAGUUCAUAAGCUCGGCCACUUCGGUCUCAACGUCAAAGACUUCCCCGCCCAACUGGACUGGUACACCCGGCACUUCAACAUCAUCCCCUCGGACAUCCUUUACGUCGACAUUCCAGACCCAGACAGCAACAAAGACGGCGGCCAAACCAAACGUAAAGAAGUCGCCUUGUUCGCAUGCAUCGAUCGCGGUCAAGAUCCCGUCGACCACCAUACCAUGUUUUUGACGACUUGUAGUCCAGGAGUCGAGAAACAUGUCCACCAUUGUUCCUUUGAGGUGCAUGACUUUGAUACCCAGGCCCUGGGCCACCAGUGGCUCGAGGAAAAGGGAUAUGAACCCGUCUGGGGCGUGGGACGACAUAUUUUGGGUAGUCAGAUCUUUGAUUAUUGGUGGGAUGUCCAUGGGUUCAUGGUCGAACAUUAUGCCGAUGGCGAUCUGGUUAAUGAGGAUACGCCUGUUGGGUAUGGGCCCGCUGGGCAUGAGGGUCUUGCUGUUUGGGGGCCGGAGGUGCCAAAGUCGUUUUUGGAGUGAUCGGAACUGAACAAAACAGCCACGGAGGAGUCACGGAGACACCACUGACAGAAAAUACGAUCCGGGCCCUAUGGGGAGAGGUUGAACUUGGCCUCACCAGAUUGUUGCAAUUUGAACAGACGCGGACUGGAUUUACCUGUACCAUGUUGCAGUAUUUACCCUUUCUAUGAGCAAACAAUUUCGUAUGUUUACGUAUGUAUGCAUGUGUCAGUUGUUUAUUUUGUGCAUGUCAAGCUAAUUGAGGUGGCUGAAUCGGUUUGAUGUCCUAUGCUGCUCUAUGGAGUGAUAUAGUGCCAUUGAGUUGAAUGCUAUGAAAUGCUCUCUGGUCGUUGGGUACAUUGUACUACAUAGCUAGUUGUCUCAACGCCCAUCAACUCAAGCCAGAAAACUGUCCAGAAACAGUGUCCACUGCAUGCUGGACAAUGCGCAAGUAUCCACCUC